AUGCCUGGUAACACACCAUACAUACUCGUUACCAUCAACGAUCCCGAGACCCUCUCAGUCCUAGGCAGCAAGCUAGCCACCGGCGACGCCAAUGUUCCCAUCCUCCAGCCGCCGUCUUCACGCAAGUCCGCCGACGACUGCUUCUCACUCCCCGUCACUGCAAUCAGAGCGCUGCACAUCGGGAUAUCCCCGAUCGUCUCCUGCGAUGUUGUUCCAAACGACGGUUACAUCUACGACCCCCCAUUGAUGACUCCCUUCAUUCAAAGCUGGCGCGAAGCAUACCGUAAUAUCCCGGAGCGUCAUUCGAUCGAGCGCGUUGUAUACAAUGUGCGCUAUGAAGAUCAAGCCGUGAUACGGAAAACUGGCCACUUGCUCCAGGAAGUGAACUGCGAACACAUCAUCAAGUCGCCGUCCUCGCCUCCCACACCGAUGUGCUUCCCCGCCCCGAAGUCGCCAUGCUCGUCAAACUGCACGCGCAGUAUCUACUCCGCGAAACCUCAACUUCCGCUGUCAUGGCUCAAGCGACAAGAGAACCUACAAGCCCAUCCAUUCAUCUGCCCCGCGUGCAUCGAAGAUCGCAUACGCAGCCAAUACCCGCGAUACCUCGAAGAGCGGAAGAAAGUCUCGGGUGCGCGGAGACUAACGGACAACGUAGAGACGAACGUGCAGCUCUGGACAUAUGAAGCCGUGCUAAAAGCUGUCGAGAAGGGAGGUAGGGUAUGUGAAGCAGAAGAGAAAGCAGGUAUCUUCCGCAUCAAGUAUCUUGAGGGGUUUAAGGCCUUGGGACAAAAAAGAGACACGAUGCAUGGGAUUUGGGAAAUGAGAGUCGUGAGCGAAGAGACUGGAGGUGAGGAGCAGGACAGAGUCACGCCUGAUGAAGAUGCAGAGAUGGACGACUUAGCUGAGCACCUUUUGGACGCAAAAAUCGCGACUGCGCAAGACAGCGCAGUUGAUGAUCUUAUGGAAGGUGUGUCAAGAUUGUAG